GAUCAAAAUACAGAGUAAAGUAAUAAUUGAACAUCGCAAAUUUGACUACAUGAAAGAACUCUUUCUGCUGAAUUUGCGGUGAAACGGACCCAAAAAUUCUGCGCAUUAUUUUCUUAAGGGCUCCACUUUGCCCCACCCUCCUCUGCCAAGCUGCUCUAAUUGACUUUUCGGUCAAUUUCCGCGUCCGGAAAAAUGAACACUGAGGACAAAUCAACUGCGGAGGUACCGAAGAAUGAAGUUGGUCAAGAUUUUCAUAAACUCAAACAAGAAUGGUUUGCGAAGAAAAAAGAUGCGAAUGAUAAGACAAAUUUGUUUGUCGACCUAUCAUUCACAGCGCAGGAUUCGAUCUUAUAUCCAAAUGGGAUCCCAUGUGACAAAAAGAAAUUUCCUGAGAGAAUCGUAUGGAGACGUCCAUGGGAAAUAGUAAAAAACCCGCAAUUCUUUGUCGAUGGAAUUUCACGAUUCGAUGCCGAGCAGCGUGUGUUCGAUAAUUGUUGGGUAAUCGCUAGUUUGUCCGUUUUGGCAACGAACCCUAAAUUAUUCUAUCAAGUUGUACCGGAGGAUCAAAGCUUCCAGGAGAACUAUGCUGGAAUAUUUCACUUCAGAUUUUGGCGAUAUGGAAAAUGGGUGGAGAUCGUGAUAGACGAUUUGCUACCAACGGAUUCAAGAGGCCUGUUAUGCUCACGCUCACCAGAAACUAACGAGUUCUGGACUUGCCUGGUUGUGAAAGCUUACGCGAAACUCUAUGGAUCAUGGGAAGCCAUAGAAGACGGUCGAGCUUCCGAAGCUUUGGAAGAUUUUACUGGAGGACUAUCGUUGUUCUACGCUUUGGAUGAAACAAACCAACUUUCUUUUGACACUUUACUGAAGGCUCAUGAGGAUCAUGCCUUCAUGGUGUGCAGUUCAAGGUACUACGAACGGAAGAAAAACUCCUGUGAAGGAUCCAGACGCAGUAUUUGGCCGCAACACGGUUACAGUAUCACUGGAGUCGUGAGUUAUAAGGGAAAACAGUUACUGCGGAUGAGAAACCCGUGGGGUAAUCACCGGGAAUGGAAUGGACCAUUCGGAGACAACGAUGCAGUUUGGACGGUCGAUGCUGAGAUGAGAAAGGCACUCGGUUUUGAGGCUGACUCUGACGGGGAAUUUUUCAUACCCUACGCAGUGGUUCUUAAAUAUUUCUCCAGAAUCGAGAUUUGUUACUUGUCCUUUCUUGGCAAAGGUAACGAGAAUGUUAAAACGAUGGUGUUUGAAGGAAAAUGGAUACGUCGCAACAAAAUCCUUGAAAGCAGUAAUUAUUUGGACAUAUCAUCAAAGAUAUUGAGUCAAAACACGCAGUAUCGUAUUACCUUGGAAAAUAAGGACACGGAUGAUGGUGAAUACGCAGUGAUAGUUGCACUGAUGCAGAAGAAUCGAAGAAUAAAACGAGCUGCUGAUCUCACAGUUGGACUGGAAAUUUAUCACCUGGCGUAUCCGAAUAGUUUACCGAAGCCAUUGCCUGCCGAUUUCUUCAAGAAAAACCAACCGAUUUCAGGAUCUGGAGCAGGAGCGCAACUCCGCGAAGUCUAUAACUUAUUUAAAUUGAAACCCGGAACUUAUUGCAUUAUUCCCUGUGUUUACAACCGAGAAGGUGAAGAAUACGAACUUACUACCAACGAAGAAGAAGAAUUCUUGCUCAGAGUCUUCUUCGGGAACAUUCCCGAUGUAAACAAAGCGUUGAUGACCAGUAAUUUAGAAUCUCGAAGAAAGUAUGAGUGAAUCUUGUUCACUUCCAUUAUACCAACCCCAACGUCUGGGAAUUUCUAUUUUUUAAGGACUAUGAUUUAGGUUACUAAAAUCG